GUGUUCUCGCAGAAAUAAUAUCUAAAAAGCUUUUGAAACUAAUCUGAAUUAAUUCAGAUUCGUUUGUAACCAAAGCUGAGUUUCAUUAAUUUCGAAAUAGAUCGAUUUCAAAUGAUUUCAAAUCAGAGUCAUUUCAACAAAGUUUCAACACGAAAUUAGCAUGUUUUAAUUGAGCCACAGAGAACUUUCAAGAAAAAUUCAUUCAAAUUCCAUCACGAAAAUAAAUUGUUUUGAAUCAUUUUAUAAAAGCAUUAAUUUAGAUUAAUCUGCAAGUUCAACUAGUGUGUGUAUUAUCCUAUGAACUAAUCAUGUAAAGUGAAAAGUGUAGAUGGCUUAUUCGCGAAACUCUUGACAGCUCAAAGAUUCACAACUCGUGGAAAUAAACGAACUUAUUAUUCUUUGUUAUUUUAGCUACAUCCACAUUUCAAUCGACAAGCACAAUACCAUCAUCGACAACUCAACAACCAACUACUGGUGAGGAUAUUCGUAUUGUUCACAGAGAAGCAGCUGAAUAUAAAUGA